AGCUAUGCUUCAGCUCCAGUAGCAGCAGCAGGCGCAUGAUGGCAGUAGCUUUUGCGGCCCAUCUUGAAGGCAGGCCCACAGCAAGGGUGAGGCUCAAGGUGCUGCAUUCGGUGAGUCUUGUAGUGGAACAGCUCAGCUAGCAGUCCGAAAGUGGAUCAGAGAGCAGCUUAGACAAAGCCCUGCUUCAAUCGCUCCUAUCAACCGGCUAGCGUCACCACUUCAAGGCCUCUUUGUCUAUCUUUUGAAGGCAACAUUCAUUCAAGGGCAUACAGCCUUCUGCUAAGGUUUGAUUACCCAGCGAGUACGAUUGACUUGGGGGACCGUAAUUUGUUCCACCAGCACUCCGUGAGAACCAUGUGCUGAGAUCUCCACGCAAUAUCCUGACUUGGUGGCAAGAUGGCCAGUGGGGACAAGCAGGACCCUUUCUCGGCGGCCACGGCGCAGCUAACGUUCCACAAUUUUCUGGAGAAGAUGCGCCACCCCAGCGCCGUCGACCUGGUGCGCGCCAUCAAAGGGUUCAUCGUGUCAUUCCAGGCCAGUGCGCCUGACCCCGACAAGGACAGCGCCGCCGUGCAGCAGUUCCUGGCGCAGACUGAGGCCACGUUCCGGGCGCAUCCCCUGUGGGCGGGUGCCACUGAGGAGGAGCUCGAGAGUGCGGGCGAGGGCUUGGAGAAGUAUCUGCUGACCAAGGUGUUUGCGCGCGCGUUUGGCCCCAUCCCCGCGGACGCCGCCACAGACCGCCUGCUGGCCGAGCGCAUGGCCGCGCUGCAGCAGUUUCUGCGGCCCGAGCACCUCGACAUCCCCGCCAGCUUUGGCAACGAGCCCUCCUGGCUGCUGGCGCAAAAGGAGCUGGGCAAGUUGGGCGCAUACAAGGCCCCUCGCGACAAGCUGGUGUGCAUUCUCAACUGCUGCCGCGUCAUCAACAACCUGCUGCUCAACAUGGCCAUGGCCGCGCAGGGGGAUCCCCCUGGAGCAGACGACUUCCUGCCGGUUCUCAUCUAUGUCGUCAUCAAGGCCAACCCCCCCGCGCUGCACAGCAACCUGCAGUUCAUCCAGCGCUACCGCGCCGCGUCGCGCCUUGUGGCCGAGUCCGCCUACUUUUUCACCAACGCCGUCUCGGCAGCCGCCUUCAUCGAGCACCUCAACCCCUCCUCCCUCUCCAUCGACCCCGCUGAAUUCGAAUCCAAGAUGCAGCAAGCGCUCGCGCAGAUCCCCCCAAAUAUUUCCGACGGGACUCCCCCCCAAGCACGCAAGGCCAGCACUCCCCCCGGAAAGGCAGGCGACCUGCCCCCCCGUCACAAUCGUUCGCACUCCGAGGGGGACACUAGCCCGCGGAUAGCGACGCAGCCUGGCAUGAGCAACAGCGGGUCUUCGCCAAUGCUGGUGACGGCUGAUGCUGCGGCAGGGGGUUUGGCGGCACGCGCGCCGGCGCCUCCCCCCAGCCCCGGGUUGACCGUGUCCCCGGCCGACAGCGCCUCUGCGCCGCUGACGCAGCCAGGGGACUCCCUGGCGCAGCUCGAGGCGCGCGGCGCGGCCGCAGUUGUCAGCGCUGCGGAGAGCGGACAGCUGGCGCGCGACUACCGGUUCCUGUACACGUCAGUGGGCGAUCUGCGGGUGGGCGACGUGGACGCCCUGCUGACCGAGUACAAGGAGCUGGUGCUCAAGUACGAGGCCCUUGCACGGGGCUUGCAGGAGCGUAACGCGGGGCUGGCGCGGCAGCUGGGCGUUACAGCGGCCGAAAGCGGUGGUCCAGGACAGUCGGAAAGCGAGUCGGGGGCGGGGAAAGGAGACUCGUUGAAAACUGCGGCUACUGGCAACGGGCCGGCCGGUGGGUUCAAUGAGGGGAAAGCUUUGGAGGCAGUAGACGGGAUGCCGGGAGGAAAUGGGACCGGCGCCGAUGAGUCGUCAGGGGAUAAGGAGGCGACGUUGGCACAGGAGGGGACUGGAUUGGCGCGAGGAGAGGUGCAAGGAGAGGCGUCGGCGCCUCAAGAAGCGGGCAGUCACGCGGGAGGCGCAGGACAGGCAGGGAGCCAGCCAGAGGCAGGAGUUGCGAAAAGUGGUGAGGAAAAGUCUGAAAGUGAAACGGCUGAGCAGCACAACCAUCGUUCGGAAGUACAUCGAGGACAGGGGCAUGAUAUGGACAGAGAAGAGAAAAGCGAAGCACAGGGAAGCCGCGCAGACUCGGAACCCUUUGCGGAAGCAGGCGACGGUGAGGCCUCGAGAAGAGCGGAGAUCGAAAGUGAUAGGCAAGCACGCCGCAAAGCGGAAGGACAAGAAAGUGGAGGCGGGCAGCCUUCGGAUGACAUGGGCGAGCACGCACCGGAAGCCGCUAGGAGCACAGGUGUUUCAGCGGGGCUAGUGACUUCUUCGGACGAAAGUCUAGCGGCGGUGAAGGGAGUCGAUGAGCAGAGUUAACAAGCCGCUAGCCGCUAAGCUGCUCCCGGAAGAUGGCUAUGCAUGUGCAACUGAAGAAAGUUGCAGAUGAGGACGGACUCCAGAACUUGGAAGAGGACAUGCCCCAGCAUACAUGAAGAGAUUUGCGCAGGUUCUUACUCGGAGGCCUUGCAAUGCGCUGAUUCGAUUGAAGCGCAGCAAUUGACUGCUGGCAGGGCAACUUCUAAACGGACUCAGAGUCCGGUCAAGCACGAAACAAAUUGGACCUGAUUGACAUGCUUGCGCGAAGUACAUCUGAGGCACGCAUGUCUUAUACUUUGAGACUGGG